AUGUUUUUGUGUAGCCAGGGCUUCGUGCAGCAAGGUUGUUACCUCCUCAACACCCAGGCGCGGAGGCUCCACAAAGAGCCCGAUCAAGGCUCCACAGAGCGGAUCCUGCCCUCGGGGAUCCGCCGCAGCGCUAACUGUCCCAGACCGGGAGGACGCAGACUGGGGCGGUCAAUUAUUAACCUGCCUGAGGUGCGGCGGGCACCAGGAAACCCGAGCCGGCGCCGUCCACCGAGUGGGGCGGACCGAGGCCCGAGGCCCAGAGUAGCAGAGCCCGCGUGCACCGGCGCGGAUCCGGCCAUGGAGGCAGGUUCCGACGCCAAGGUGGGCGACAGGCCCGCAGGCCCAGAGGAGCCCCCAGCAACCCAGGACCCGCGCAGCACCGCGCAGCCGUCGCUCCCGCAGCUCCCUCGCCGUCCGCAGCUGCUGGACGAAGAUGCGGGGCCGGAGGAAGAUCGGGCCGAGACCGCAGAAGGCAAUGAGCAGGCCCAGGGGGACCCAGAACCCGCGUCCGCGUCGGGCGAGGCAGGGCCCGCGCCGAAAGCCACUAGCGGCACCGUGCCGCCCAUCGGCUUCGUGGGCGAGCCCCCGCCUUACGCGCCACCGGACCCCAAGGCAGUGGCACUGCUUUACCCGCCCUUCCCGCAGGUGCCAGUGCUGUUCCAGCCCGCGCCCGGGCCCGCCGCACUUUACCCGCCGCCGCCAGGCCCGCUCUUCCCACCCGCAGCCGGCGGAGCCUCCUUUCCCUUCCCCACGUAUGGCAGCCCUGUGGCGGGUGGGCCAGCCCCCAUGCAGGUGGAACACAGGCCUCUGCCGAAGGACUUCAUGAUGGAGUCGGUGCUGGUGACCCUGUUCUGCUGUCUGCUCACGGGCCUUAUAGCCAUUGUCUACUCCCACGAGACUCGCGCAGCCCUGGGCAGGGGUGACCUGGCACAGGCAGAGGAAGCCUCAAGGAAGGCCCGCUCACUGGUACUCUUCAGCCUGCUCUUCGGGGUGUUUGUGUCUACCAGCUGGGUCAUCUAUGUGGUAGUCGCCCUCUAUCUCCCUUGAGGCUCAGGACUGGUGGACCAGGCUGUACCCUUUCACUGGACCCUGAUCCUCACUGUAGCCAGCUGUUGCUCACACAGGGCAAAGGGGAGGUGGGGUUAGAAGCCCUGGCCAUGGGUGGCCCACUGAGGCCUUGGCUGGGAUCUUAGUCUGAGUGACACAGACCCAUACAGCCUGGAAGUCUUCCUGAGAUGCGUGCCUUCACCAUUACUCCUGGAGAACACAGAAGACUAAAGCCCUCACUGGCUUUAGAGCCUUCUAGAAGAACAUGGCUACCUCCAGCCCAGCUCAAGGAUCUGGCUCCAGUUGGUAUGGACUCUCCCUGGAGUUCCUACCUGGUCUUGCACCCUUGCCUGUGCUGGGAGAGAUCAGGACUACUCUGUCAGUCAACAACAUGUGGCAGAACUUCCUGUCACUACUUGAGAGGAC